CAAGUCAGCGGGAAGGACUUUCUCUUCUCUUUCUGUUUCUCCUUUCCUUCCAUAACAUAACCAUUAAAUUAUUGUUGUUUGCCAAGAUAGUUCGCAUAUGGUUUGAUUAUGGGAUUAUAUUGUGGAUUAUCAUUUCUCAAUUUCAUUGUAAUCUUGUUUCUGAUGGUUUUUGAUACUACUGGGCAACAGAAUGCUGUUAAUUGGUUUGAAAAUCUACCGGCGGUUGCAAUGGACUAUAAAGUCCACAUAGAUCCUGGAAAAGAGGAUUGCUAUUUUCAGUAUGUUAAUCCUGGGGCGACGUUUUAUGUCAGUUUUCAGGUUUUGAGGGGAGGCGAUGGAAUGGCUGGGUUUGCUGUGAGACAUCCUAACGGACAGAUAGUUCAUCCCUAUCAGUGGCGGGCACAUUCUGAUUACCAAGAUCACCAGUCCACUGGCGGUUACUACAGUGUCUGUAUAGAUAACCAAUUCAGCAGAUUUGCUGACAAACUUGUUAACCUCUACAUCACAGUUAUCAGAUACGACCAGUGGGACCAGUAUACCAAGGAAAUGACUGACCUCAACGUCAGUGUAGAAAACUUUACUUCCUCCAUUAUGACAGUAGAAAAGAACAUCAAUGAGAUGUUGCAACACCAGAACCAUCUGCGUGGCUCAGAAGCACGAGACUUCAACCUGAUAUCUGACAAUAACAGCUACGUUCUCAACUGGUCCCUGGCUCAGAUACUGGUCAUCAUAGGCACAACCGUGCUGCAGGUACACUUUGUGCGGCGACUCUUUGAGGUGAAACCCGGCAAAACGAGGGUGUAAACUAACGGCACUCUUGUCAUUGUCUCUUUGGUACAUAUGGUAAAUUAUAUGGAAUUUACCACUGUGAACAUUUAUUUGAUCUGAUAGGUGGUGAAAUUUUGAUUAAAGGAAUUAAGCUAUUGGUCAUGGGAAUUGUUUGAUUUAACAUUUCCUGUCACAACUUUGACUUGUCCUUGUAGUGGAUGAACUGAGUUUUGGUUCUGAGGAUAAGAUAAUGGCGUGAUAAAUCCAAAACCCAGGCCAUACACUUAGAAGUUUGAGCUGUAACAAAUAUAGAAUUAACUAUGGGGUGGAACAAUUUACUAAAUUGUCAAAAACAUUAUUUAUUGCUAAUUGCUACUAAUUACAAAAAAUCCAAAAGUUUACGGAUAUUACCUUUUUUGCUUGUUUGAAAUACUUCACUGUCGAGAGUAUUGUAGAUUUCUGUAUUUUGGUUACCAAAGAGUUAUUUCACAAUGGUUAGAACGGUAAUUGACAGGUGCUCAGCUCGUCUUGUAGUUAGAUUGUCUACAGGACCACUAUCCUGUAGACAUACGUUCAAAUCCCAACUUUUCCCAAUAGAAAUAUACUUUGUGAUAACAAUGUUGUCACCAGGUAGUUUAGAGCCCACAUGAAGCUGUCCACUUAUCAAGUAAAUUAAGGUUUUUUGAAGGCAAUGAUAACUCUCUCUUUAUAGGACCUCUCCCCACACAAGAAGCCAAGCGAUUAAAGAGAACUUUUAUAUGAACAGAAGUUUUCAAUUGCACAUGUCUGAAUAAAUUGUUAAAAUCCUUGGCCUCCUAACCUUUACGUGUUUAGGUUAUUGUUCAAUUUACACAUAAAAUCCUUAUUUUAGUUGGAAUGUCCUGUCUGAAAACCACAAAAAUAAAUUUAUUGCCUAAGAUGGGAAAGUUUUGAGAACUUGCAACACACUAAAGCCGCGUUUACACGAGACCAGCAGGCAGACAGGUUACCUGCCGCAGUUAGUGUAUUUCAAGUUACCUGAGACAACCUGCCUGAAGUACCCUGUCUGUCUACUGUCCUCAUGUAAACGUGGCUUAACACUGAGGAAAAGCUCUUUGCCAUUAAAAAAAUACUUUAAAGACCUGGCUUACAGAGAGACAAUGGCACUAGUUAAUUUUAAUUGUACUGAAAGGCUGAUAUUUGAUCAAGUUUACUAAAACAUAAGUUUCUUCCUGUCUCGUAGGUAUUUAAAUGAUUUUACUUAGUUGUUGUAUUUGGUGUUUUAUGUAAGAACUUAAAAUGUUUAAAACUGGAUCUAAUACUUUGUAUGAACCUCUGAUGUUUAUAAGAGUUAGGUAUUCAAUAUGUCAUAUGUGUUUGUAGUGUUUAUACACUACCUCAAGCCAUUGAAUCAGUUUUAUCAAUGAAAUAACAUUGUACGUAAAAUUCUGAUAACAACACUAUACUCUGCAACCAAAAUAUUUUUUUUUCGUCAGAAAUGCAGUCUUUCAACCUUUUUUCAUGAUGCAUUUAUUACUGUAAGCUGUAUUUAUUUAGGAACAGUUAAAAGAUUAAGUGCGUUUGUAAAAUAUAAUUUAAGACUAUUUAGGCUUAGUGUGACUCAUUUUUGUGUUGAAUUUGUUUUUAAUUCCUAGUUAACUUAUUUUAAAAUCUGUAAUCACUUCUGUAAAACUGUACUCAUUUAAAAUAAUUUUAAGUUGACUUUUGCAACGACUAAGUAGAGCUGUCCAAAAACAAAUGAACAAUCAUAAUAGAUGCAUUACAAACUAAAAUAAAUUAUAAACUAAUUUCUUUCCCACUAAAUUAUUCAUUUUUAAAAGGUCGUGAAAUAAUUAUAAUCUGGUUACUCAAUCAAUAUAGUAUGUUAAUAAAAAACUGAUUUAUUAUAUUGAACUAUGCCGCAAUCUUUAAAUUAAGAUGAUAUAAAACUCAACUUUUUAGGAGGCGGUACUUAAAUCUCAAACUAUUGUAUACUUCCUUUUUAAAAUUGUAUGCUUUUGUAAGAUUUACUAAGCUGUCUUUCCUAUUGGUGUAAGAAAGAAAUAUAAGACUUAGUUCUUAGGACCUUAGCAUCAAUUGUAUUUAAUAUUUUUAUUAGUUCUUGUAUUUAGAGAAGGUAAAAUAUAUAUAUAUAUUUUUAAAUUAUGUGUUUUAAGUAAUGGCUAAUGCUUAUACAGGGUGUUUUUUUAAACAAUACCCAAAAUGAAAGUACCAAGAGACACUAUUUAGGGACAAAAGAAGCUCAUAAGUUGGUAUCCCUGUAUCCUUUGCUCAUUACCAAUCAGCUUAUAUGCAUUGAUGCAUUGUUCCCUACACGCUUUAAUGUUACCGGGAAUUAAUUGUGAAUAAGACUUGAUUGUGGUGUUUUUGCUAGUUCAUAAAGUAUGCAUUUUAAGCCCAGAUUUUUUGUUUUCUACAGAUCCAAUUUAACUUACUAGAAUUUUUAACAUGUCAAUAAAUAGUUGAUUUAUAAGUUAAACACAUGGAAACAUAAUAUCAAAUCUUUCUUGCCAUUAAACCAAUGAUUUACUUUUAAUGUAUCUACAAUAUGCGUUCUACAUGCAUUUAUUCUACAAUACGAUAGCCUACUCCUUGAGCUUGCAAAAACAAAUUUUCAGUCUUUAUCUCUUAACUAGUAUACCUGUUGCUCGAAUUCGAGCAAUUGCUAAGUAUUACUGGUGUUAUUUUAAAAUGAAUAACAAUCAUAAUUUCUGAUGACUUAAAAAGAUUCUACUCAAAGAUUAUGGAAAUACUCAUAUAUUGAUUAUUCGAUUGUUUAAUUAGAUAUAUCGUUUGGUUAGUUAGGUUAGGCCUAAACUAACCUAACUAACCAAACUAUAUAUAGUUAAAAUACUAUACCUCAACCUCGCCAUUAAACAUUCAGGUUGGAAAUUUCCCUAUCAAAGGUGCUCUUGUCCUGUCCGUACGGACCAUUGAGUAUACGCGCUACCAACUUAUGAAUAAUUGUUUGGGCCUACGAACCCAAGAGAUGGGCAAUUGGUGUAUUGGCUGUAUGGUCCAGCGAGCAGCACGACAGAAUACAUUAAAAUGAUUCGGAUCUUGAUAGGAGAAGGCCGCGUAAAAUGGCUCUUGGGCCGAGACAGACGGAAGACAGACAGAAAUUGAGAUGAGCAUUGUUUCGGCUUCUGAAAUGUAUAAUAAUAAAACGUAAAAAUAACCCAAAAAUUCAUGAUU